UUCUUAUAGAGUGACAGUAUAAAAAGGUAUUUUGAUUUGACAACAAACACUUAUAGUUUAUUUAUCGAUUCGAUUAUCGAAAAAAAAUGAUGAAAGUUAGAGGAUUUAGGCUUGGAAGGAGACUUGUGAGAGUUUUCAAAUUGUUUAUUCAUAGGAGAAAAAAGGGUAAAAUCAGCUACAAACGUUUGGGAUCUUCCAAUUGUGCAACAAAAGCAAUUUCAAAGCUAUGUAAUUUUGGAAAUUUGUUGAAGCAUGGGGUUAAAAGUGUAAAUUUUGUGAAACCCGGGUCGGGUUAUAUUCGGGUCGGAUCAGAAUUGAUGGAUCAGAACCAAAUACCAAAGGGUCAUUUGGCUGUGUAUGUUGGUGAAAAAGAAGAUGUUGCAUGUAGAGUUUUAGUGCCUGUGAUUUACUUUAAUCAUCCUUUGUUUGUUGAUUUGUUGAGAGAGGCUGAAAUGGUUUAUGGGUUCAAUCAUUCGGGUGGGAUCCAAAUCCCUUGUCGGAUAUCUGAAUUCGAGAACGUUCAAUCGAGAAUCGCAGCCACGGGUGGUGGUGGGAGUUGUCGCGAAAGGCGGAGCUGGAGGUAUAAGUACUGGUGAGUUGUGAUCAGAAUUGAAUCUAAGAUCUAGAAGUACACUGUUUUAAUAUGUUAUGAGUGUAGUAGAAAGUAAUGAAUUCCCGUCAUGGGUGGCGGUAAAAGUUGUUGUGAAAGG